CCUCGACUAGUCGCUAGCUCCAUGAGUUAGCCUUGUCGAGAGUGUGCCAGGUGUUGUGCUGUUUGGCCCUCUUGUAGAAAUAUUCUAUGUUAUCAUGAGUGUCGCUUGUCGCUUUCUUUCAAGUGGUCUCUUGCAUAAAGCAACAUCACAUAUUUCUAUUACUGGAUGUCGUAAUUCCUGCUUUAAUAAUGCACGGAUGCACUGGAUUCGUCAAAUCGGAACUAAAGCCAACUCUACUGCUGAUUCUGCAAGACCCGUGACUUUAACAUAUGAUGUCUUCGACGGAAAAGGGGACAGUACGCCGCUGGUUUUUCUCCAUGGUCUUUUCGGCAGUAAAUCCAACUUCCACUCCAUAGCGAGGUCUUUAGUUCAGCGGACCGGCAGAAAGUCAGGUGGUGACAGUAGAUGCACGUAACCAUGGCACAAGCACACACAGCCCCAUAAUCACCUACGAGGCAAUGACCAAUGACCUCACGCAACUACUCUCUCAGCUGCGAAUCGGGAAGUGCAUUCUGAUUGGCCACAGCAUGGGAGGCAAGGUGGCCAUGACAACGGCACUCACGCAGCCGACUCUAGUGGAGCGCCUGGUGGUGGUGGACAUAAGCCCCGCCCAGUCUGGGUCAGUCACAAAUUUCCCCAUCUACAUCCAGGCGAUGAAGGACGUGAGCGUGCCCAGAGAUGUGCCCCGCUCCACGGCACGCAGGCUGGCGGAGGACCAGCUCCGCAAGCAUGUCAAAGAGCGCUCACUGCGGCAGUUCCUCCUGACAAACCUGGUUGAGGAGGAUGGUCAGUAUUCUUGGAGGAUCAAUUUGGAGGCCAUCUCCAAUCACCUGGAUGACAUCAUGAAUUUCCCAGAAUUCAACACCAGCUAUGAGGGACCAACCCUCUUCCUUGGUGGGACCAACUCUGCCUAUAUCAGCUCUGAAGACUACCCAGAGAUCCAGCGUCUUUUCCCGUGUGCAGAUAUUCAGUACAUCCCAGACGCCAGCCACUGGAUCCACGCAGACAAGCCACUGGACUUCAUCAGCACAGUCAUAUCCUUCCUCCAGUAGCCCCGGCCAAGCCAGACGCAGGGAACAGAGGACUGGACCUUACAGUUGUCAGCAAGGAGAAAUGUAUGAACAAGCAUCUUUUUUAUUUAGUUUUUGUGUCUUUCUUUUUUAGUCUCAUUUGAUUUUGCCUUUCUUUUUUUUUUGGAGUGUUUGUUUAUAUUAGGCUAUGUUGUUUAUGGCCAUUUCUUUUUGUUGUUGUUGUUUUUAGGUCAUCAUCAAGUAAUAGCAGUGUAUGCAGAUGCCUAUGGUUCCGCAGAGUUGAAUACUAUAGAAUUCUUACAUAGGCAAUUAUUAACUUACCCAAAGGACAUAUUAUGAUCAUUACUCUGAUUAAUUGCUGGAUUGUAGUAUAAAGGUAUAAGGUGGGUUUCCAUGGGCACUUCUAAUCAGAUUAGAAUCGGAACAAUGACUCAAUCAGAAUAAAAAUGAGACACAUAAAUACCUUGAUGGGAAUAAAACUGCCGAUCCGAUUCUAAUUUUUCAUUCGGAAUAGUUUAAUUGGAAUGACAAAAAAAAAAACUGUCCAUGUAAAUCCACCUAUAGUUUGGAGUGAAAAGCACAAGGUUUGAAUAAUGUAAUAACAGAGUAAUGGACUUUAGUGGGGCCUAGAGAAGAUCAGCCAGGGUUUUUUUUUAGUCUUACAGACAGCACAGAUCACUAAAAGCUUUAACACAUCUCUUCUUUCAUUUUAAGAUAUAUUUUUUAAUAUGCGGACAGUAUGGUGAAAAUCCGCAAGUUGUGUUUUUUUCAUUCUUUUUUUUUUUUACUACAUGUAAGGGAACAGUAUUAAAUAUACCGGUAGUUAAUUAGAUGAGAAUAUAUAAUUUAACAAGGUGAGAGAGUUAGGGUCAUCUAAAAGAAUCUGCCAUUGAUAAGGCAGUUGGCUUUGACUCCAGUGUGAAGGCUUCACACAACUGUUGACAACCUGCUACAUUGGAUACUGGUCACUAAAUAAGAUGCAUGCAACAUCAGCAUAGUUCACACAAAUAUUGCGAUUGUGCCUUCACAAAAUUGAGAAAUGAAAGCCACAUUAAUAGAUGAUAAAUAAAUAGCAUACAUUAAAGGUUAAUUAUUUAAGAUAAAUAUAAAUUGAUAUGCAUACAUUCACAGAUCUCAACAAUACUUGAAUAUGUUAGCACUAUUCAGGUUCCAGUUUAUAGAAAAACGUUAUCGAUAUUUGGCUGUACAGUUUAUUAUGACCAUCCCAAUGUGACCAAUAUGGCAGGUUAUAAGACAGUAUUCUAACACAGGAGUGCCAUUUACAGUGCCGUUGGCUUUCUCAGGGGGCACGUAUACAUAUUACAUACGUAUACAUACAUAUAUUACCUGUGCCCUAAUACUUGAAUUGCCACCUUUUAGUGUACAGUUUGUACAUAGAAAGCUCUUGUCUUUUAUUCUAAUUUGUGUUCUUUGUUAACAUGUAAGGAUUAUAUAUGCGUAAAUAUAAUAUUUACACUACAUAAUGAAUAAAGGGACACAAUAUGCACUGCUAACCUCAA